ACUAUCAUUGUCAUAUGACCAGCGAUGGUAACAAAGAUGGCUCCUCUCAGUGAGUUUGGUCGGUGGAAGUCUUACAGUACAGUGUUCGUAUGUCUGACGCUCUCGGCUCUUCUGACCCGUGUUCAGACGCAGAUCAGCUCCGUCGUUUUGGACAAACAGACGGGACAGCUGAAAGUGACGUCAGAGCUGGACCCCGACUUUAUCGCCUGGGCGAAUUUCACUGAUCAGAUUAAACAAACCGGGUGGGCGUACCUGGAGGUCACUACGAGUGGGAAAUUCAAUGACAGUCUGCAGGCGUAUGCUGCUGGACUGGUGGAAGCAGCACUCACCCAACAGCUUAUGUACAUGCACUGGAUGAACACCAUGGUGGGAUACUGCGGACCCUACAAAUACGACACCGGAUACUGCCAGCGCCUGAAGGAUUACAUCAUUCGCAACCUGCACUGGAUGGAGGGGCAGAUGGAGAGCGGCAAGGACCCCCAGUACUGGCACCAGGUUCGCUUGGCACUGCUGCAGCUGCGUGGUUUGGAGGACAGCUACAACGACCAGAUCCUCCUCCCUCUGGGCUCCUUCUCCUUGAACCCCUUCGGAUUCCUGCUGUUCAAUCUAGGUGGAGACCUGGAGGAUCUUGAAUCUGCCCUAAACAAGACAGACCAAUCGCGAGCACUGGGCUCUGGCUCCUGCUCCGCCCUCAUCAAGCUGUUGCCAGGCAACAAGGACUUGCUGGUGUCCCAUGACACCUGGAAUAACUACCAGUCCAUGCUGCGCAUCAUGAAGAAGUACUCCUUCGCUUUCCAGGCCUCUCCUCAAGCGGACUCCCCUAUCCCUGGAGGGGUCCAGGCCUUCUCCUCCUACCCGGGCUCCAUAUUCUCAGGGGACGACUUCUACAUUCUGAGCAGUGGAUUGGUUACCCUGGAAACGACGAUCGGGAACAGUAACCCCGCCCUCUGGAAGUUCGUCACUCCUGAGGGGACGGUGAUGGAGUGGUUGCGGAACGUGAUAGCCAAUCGGCUGGCAAAGACAGGAAAGGAGUGGGCGGGGCUAUUCAGCAAGUUCAACAGCGGAACGUACAAUAACCAAUGGAUGAUUGUUGAUUACAAUUACUUUACCCCUGGGAAGACAGACACCAAGGAGAACCUGUUUACUGUUUUGGAGCAGAUCCCGGGCCUUGUUAUGGUUGCAGAUAAAACUGAGGAGUUGUUCCGAAAGGGCUACUGGGCGAGCUAUAACAUACCGUACUUUGAGCCCAUCUUCAAUGCCAGUGGUGGGCCUGAACUGGUGCAGCAGUAUGGAGACUGGUUCUCCUUCGACUUGAACCCGCGAGCACAAAUCUUCCGUCGCAACCACAGCCAGGUCACCGACAUGGAGUCCAUGAUCCGCCUCAUGAGGUAUAAUAACUUCAUGGAGGACCCUCUGUCUGUGUGCCAGGGCUGUGACCCCCCUCACAAUGGGGAGAACGCCAUCUCCGCCCGCUCGGACCUCAACCCGGCCAACGGGACAUACCCCUUCGGAGCCCUGAAGCAGAGACUGCACGGAGGCACUGACAUGAAGGUCACUUCCUUCUCCCUGUAUCGAGACUACCAGCUCCUGGCUGUCAGCGGGCCCACGUGGGACCAGGUGCCCCCCUUCCAGUGGAGCCGCUCCCCCUACAGCCGGCUGCUGCACAUGGGUCACCCUGACACCUGGGCCUUCCCUGUGGUGUGGGUGUGCUGGGGCUGAGGGGAGGGGCUGCUCCUUGCCAGGCAGAGGGCAGGAAACCUGGUCAACCUUUCCUUACCACACCUCAAAGCAAUGCCUUGCUUUUAUCUGCUUCAUGAAACCAAUAUGAAAAACACCCAUUCUUAUUCCAAUAUCCUCUUUAGAUGUGUAACAUGCAUUUUGAAUUGUGCAGUAUGAGUUCUGAUGCACAUUUUUAAACUAGCUUUUAAACACAUUUCCACCUGCGCUGUGAAACCAGUCUGGAAAACUCAUCUUGUUACCAGUAUCAAACUGGGCCGGUUCCAUAUGCAAUUUACAAACCAGUCUGCAGCUGGACAUAUCUCCAGUGUUUCCCUGGCAGGUUAACUUAUUCUCAGUCCUCAUGUUCAGCUCGCAUGUUUUUCAGCAUUCAGAGGUUUCAAACCCGGCUCUCGCGUCGCUCGUAUCAGGCGCUCAACAGGUAACUGCACCCGUCCGUGUGCUCUGGAUAUCUGCCAGCCCACACGGUCCCAAUUCAAAUCGAUUCACAGGCAGGUUGAAAUGUAGCUGCAGUUAGAAACCAACUGGACUGAUUUCAGAUCCCUUUUAAGAGAUAGAAACUUCACAAUGAGGGCUUUGGGUUCUUCACAGGAGCGUAACCCUUGUCCGCUGUUAUCAUCUGGGCUGAUUCAGCGGUUCACUUUGGCAGCAUACAGUUUAGUUUUGGGUGACAUUAAUUAUGUAAAUAUGUUUAAUUUGGGCAUGAACUGCUCCUGAAAUUUGCUAAAUAAUUAUUUUAGUACACAGUGCCUUGUGUAUGCAUAUGUGUAUAUAUAUGAGGUGUAAGAUCAUGCAGUUUAUUGCAUACUCAAUAUAUUAAAUGCAUGCAUGGUCAGUACUGGCUAACCCCACUAGAUGGCAGUGUGGGUCUGAAGAUCUACUUUGCUGUGUUGUGAUGCUUGAUGCAGCUUAGGUUAGACUUCCCAUUGAUUUAAAACAGUGCUGAAUGCAAGUCUAAGACACCAUUUUAAAUAUUGGUGUUUAAUCCAAUAGAGAAUCAUUACUGAGUUUUAAAGCGUUCUGAUCUAACAAAAAAAGAAAGUAAAGCACUUUAUUGAAUGAAUGUAUUGUGUGUAUGAUGGAUUUAGAUUACAGUCUAUUUGUAUAUCAGAGAAUAAACAAAGCACUCUACUGAAGCCAGCUCUUACUAGUUUUGUAUUCCAUUUAGAAACUAGAAAUGUCCUGCAGGCUGAACAAUAAUACGAACAUCUGACAAGAAGGUUGUAAUUGAAAAGGUGCAUCUUCUCACUAACACCUGCUGUGACACAAAAAUACAAUACUGUCAGAUGUAAUUUGUGUUGAUUUAAGAAAUGUAGAAUGAAUAAGAUGUACACAAUUAAAUCAUCCUCCAUGUAU